AUCGAAGUAUUUCCCCAAGCUUACAAUUGCUAACUGCUUCAGGAUAAUUUCUUCUGGUGCAUUUCGGUUUCUUAUUGAAAUUUUGGUUGUUUAAUUAUUGUUUUUUGCGUACGCCAACAUGUGGCUGGGACUUUGUGUGAUCGUUUUAGCAGCUGCUUUGUCAGCUGCAAAUUCUGUACAAUGCCCGCGAUUCUGCAUUUGUACUGCAGCCCUAUGGAAAUGUAAUGACCAUCGCGUGACGACAUGGCCUUUGGACAACCAGCCGAAAGAUAUAGUUUCCGGUGUUCGCAUUCUGGACAUGAGCAAUUCCGGCAUUUAUGUGCUGCCCAACUGGCGUCCGACUUUAAAUUUUCCGGAUUUGCAAGUCAUUGUUCUUUCCGGCACGACCUUUGACGGACACCGUUGCCGAGAACUGGAGUGUAUUGAGCAACUCGGUGUUAGGGCCAUCUCUCGCUGCGGCGCUGACUUACGUAAAGGCUGCUCGCACGCACCAUGCUGUCACUGGAUGGAUCUGCCACCCAUUUUCCCACCAUGGAUUAGCGCGACCACACCCUCCGAAACACAUACGGUUCCACUUCAUUGGUCUUCCACGCAGGCGGCUGUCGAUGUCUCGACACAUGAUACUACUGAUGGUAAGGACGAUUAUUCCAGUACAGUUCAAAGUACGGUCAGUGAAAGUCUGCCGGUGAAAGCUAUGAGCGUGACAACGUCCCCUGAACGUGUAGACUUUUAUGAUUCAUCUGCAAUUACUGAUCCACAACCUCUGGACCCAGAUCUGGUUACCGCUGAGUUAUCUUUCGUGACCACUUACUAUCCCACCGCAAUUUCAGCAUUAUCCUCGUUAUAUACAGAGCCGUCUGUUUCCAUUGAAUAUGCGGAUAAUCACCCCGUGGUGACGUCUAGUUUAAACGUGUCAGAGCACCUGAUUAAAGACACGCAGUCAGAAAUCGUUAAUGAUAAAAGUCAGAUUGAAAAGACAGAAAAAGUUUACAUAAUGGAACGCGAGGAAAAAUUCUCGUUUAGAAUCGAGAGUGUGUCAAAAAAUGUUAGUGCGAAUUCCUCGGUUAUUAAUUUCAUAAAAAAUACGAGCAGUCAAUUGAUUCCGAAUUAUCCGCGACCGUCUCAUUUUAAUGAAACCGGGGAAGCUAUUGCUGUGUCAACUUCGUCAGAAUAUAGCGCUGUAUAUCCUGAGAAAGCGUCAGAAAACGCGGCGAUUAAUUUUACUGUAUCUAUUGCUUUCGAUGGAGACAGCAAUAAGUCGCUGGAAUCAACCUCCGUUGAUUUGGAUUACACGUCGUUUUUUGAAUCGUCGAAUUUAUCUGGCCUUGUUUCAUGGAGUCAGGAAAAUUCGUCGCAAUUAGUAAUGGAUUUUGCUGAUUUUAUAAUCAACGACACGGCGUAUAUAUCAGUUGAUUUUGCGGAGAAUUCGCUUUUUAAUUUUUCUUCUUCGUCUGAUGUGGUGAAUAAUAAAAAUGCAACUUUCAUUCAUGUGCAUGAUGAUAACUCCACUGUGGGACGCAACACUAACAACGAGACGGUACACGUCUGCCCUCCAUGCCCAUCGUGUUUUACAGGGCAACCAACUCCGCCACCUUUGGAAUUUGGUGUAGGUGGUGUGGUCGGCGUCACAGUUGCUAUUAUUGGAUGCGUUUUAAUUGGAGCUUUCCUGCUUUUCCGCAAGCGCGAGAAAAUCCGCAGUUUUUUCCAUCGGACGGCCGAACCUUCUGCCCCCGUUGAAGAAGACGCUCCUCACAAUCUCAACAAUGAAAAUUAUGUCGGCCCCGGCGAGCAACCCGAAGCAGAGAACGGUGCCGCCAGCGGAAGUGAGUCCGUUAGCAACGGCAACAUCGGCGACGAUGAACUGUUUCUUAGCGCUGUUGAUUUGGAAGAUGAAGAACGGCAACAGCGCGGAUCGGUGAUGGAGUCGUUCGCUCACAACCUGGACCCGCGCACGAUGCGACUCUCCAACGUGUGGUCCCAGAGCGCCAACACACCGGAAUUCCAUCGCGGGAUGGCUGCAUAUUCCGCCAGCGUCAUUUAUGACACUUUGGCCCGGGAAAACGAAGGCGCUGCUGCCAGUGGCAUUCGGUUGUGGCGUAGUUGUGAGAGAUUCAGACAUGAAGAGAAUUAACAUUUUGCUUUGGUUGCUAUCGGCGUAACAGUGUAAAUUCGCCAAGCCGGCGAUGUGAAUCAUCUUGAAAAAUAAAUUUCUUGCUGUUUAAAUGGAUUAUUCUAAAAUUGCAACUGCUGUUUUUGCGUUCUCUUAUCAAUUGAUUUGCUUACGCAUUUGUUUUUUGACCAUAUGACCACAUUUUAUUUUGACCAUAUUGUAAUUCUUCUGUUAAUGGUGGUACGAGUUUCUCCUAUAAUUCUGAUUGUAUUCUUGCGUUUUUUAGCUUCUUUUAGUUUAGUUGGCUUUUUAUAAAAAUAAA